GACGCGACGUGUCGAGCGCCGACGGGGAGCGGGAAGACGCUGGCGUACGUGCUGCCGAUCGCGAAGAUGUUGGAGAGGGCGGCGCGCGACGGAUCGGGGGGAGGCGGAGGCGGAGGCGCGGUGCGGGCGAUGGUGGUGACGCCGACGCGGGAGCUGGCGAGUCAGGUGCGGACGCAGUGCGAGCGGUACUGCGGGGAGGGGUCGAGCGCGCUGUGCGUGGGAGGGACGAGCGCGAAGGCGCAGGAGGACGCGAUUCGUAAGGGUGGGGCGAAGAUUGUCGUCGGGACGCCGGGGAGGAUGAAGGAAUUCAUCGAUCGGGGGGUGAUCGAACCGCGCGCGGUGGAGAUUCAGGUGUUGGACGAAAUCGACCGCCUCCUCGACGGAGGGUUUGAGGGCGAGAUCGACGCGGUGAUGCGACCGCCCGGGACGUGUCAGACGCUUUGUUUUUCGGCGACGAUCUCUGCGGCGUUGUCGAGAUUUUUAGAUCGUAAACUCGUGCCCGGGUACGCGGAGGUGGUCGUCGCCGGACGAGGCGGCUCAAACGUGGGCGGGAUGGUGGAGCACUUGGCGUACGCCACGAAGUCGGGAGACGACGCCGUCGGAUCGGCGGUCGUGGACGCGUUAGAGCACUACGCGGGUGAGCACGUGGAUGGGAGAGUCGGUGGUCAGGCGAUCGUGUUCACGGAGACAAAGUCCACCGCGGAACGCGAAUUCGACACUGGCAAACGAACUCGGCGAGUGGCGUCUUUACACGGCGACUUGCCGCAACCGGCGCGCGACGCGACGCUCGCGAACCUUCGCUCUGGCGAAGUCGACGUGCUCGUCGCUACAGACGUCGCCGCGCGUGGUCUCGAUUUACCCGGAGUCGAGCUCGUCGUGCACGCAGACAUGCCCAAAUCUGCAGACACUUACUCGCACCGCGCCGGACGCGCCGGGCGUCCAGGGUGCGCCGUGCCCGGCGUUUCGUUGCUCAUCUCCCGACCCGAGCUCGCGUCUGAAAUCACGCGCCUCGAGCGCGAAGCCAAGGUUUCGAUUCGU